AUGACACACGCCACUCUCAAUGCCGUUUCCGGCUUCCUGAGCACCAUCUCCUCCCGCAGUGCACAGAGCCAGCGUACGCAUCGACCGUGCCUUCCGUAUGUCCUGGACGCGAUGGAGCACCAUUUCUCUGAGAUGGAUAUCUUGUUUGGCGGGACUGUCACUCCCAGUGCGCUCACGGUGAACGACGAGGGCGGCAAGUUCGUUCCCCAACGCGGCAGUGUUCAGAUCCUCGUCAACGCCUUCCACUAUGCCCAUUGCAUGGAGACUUCUAAAGAAAGGGCCGAAGAAGCAAAAACAAAACGUUGCAGCGCAGCUCGGUGCUUCCAGCCCGCACCCAGUCUCGACGACUGGAGGAGCAGACCGUUCUCUGCCGUGACGUUGAAAAGUGGUGUCGUGACGCGCUUCUCAAGGUGUGCCGCACGCGUUUGA